CAAAGGUAUACCCAUGUCUCGGUGUCAUCGCCAACUUUGAGAAGAUGAUAACUUUAAACUUACCGAUACUCCUCAGCGCUAUCAGCGGGUGUUUACUGCAGCUUGUACAGGGACAGGCUGCCGGCUAUGCACAAUGUGGUGGACCAGAAUACACCGGGCCUACUACUUGUGUGGCUGGAUAUAGUUGCAAGGUUCAGAACCCCUUCUACUCGCAAUGUGUACCAUCAAGUGAGAUUGUGUCGUCUGUGAAGUCGUCUGCAACGCUGGUCACAUCAGCCAGGUCGAGCAGUGUUUCCUCAAAACCUGUAUCAGCCGCUCCCACAACAAGCCCUUCGGGUACCUCUGGUGUCAAAUGCACCGGGACAUUCAGUCCAAUUUCAGCAUCAAGCUUCGUCGCCGCUCUCAACCCAGGAUGGAACCUCGGAAACACUCUAGACGCGAUACCAGACGAGACAAGCUGGGGUAACCCAGCAGUAGUAGCUGCGACAUUCGACGACAUUAAAGCCCAAGGCUUCAAGAGCGUUCGUCUACCAGUAACGUGGGCCUACCACUUCGCCGGCGCCGUAAACACCGGCACAUCCCCCGACUGGACCAUCCAACCCACCUGGCUCCAACGCGUCUCGGACGUCAUCGACAUGAUCACUGCGCGCGGCCUCUACGUGAUCGUCAACGUGCACCACGACUCAUGGAUCUGGGCCGACGUCACACAGGAAAACGCCAACUACACCAUGAUCGAGGAGAAGUUCUACCGGAUCUGGUACCAGGCAGCCCAGAAGCUGGCCUGUAAGUCUUCACUUGUCGCGUUCGAGCCGAUCAAUGAACCACCUGUCAAUACUGCGGCAGACGGGGCGCGGAUAAAUACGUUCAACGAGCUGUUCUUGAGGGCGAUUAACGCGGUUGGUGGGUUCAAUGCUCAGCGUGUGGUUACGCUGGUUGGUGGUGCGGAAGAUUCGGUGAAGACGAGCCAGUGGUUCGUGAGGCCGAAUGCUUCCUAUACCAACCCCUGGGCUAUACAAUACCACUACUACUCUCCAUACGACUACGUCUUCUCCGCCUGGGGCAAAACAACCUGGGGCUCCGCCGCCGACAAAGCCGCCCUCGAGACCGACAUCGCCCUCAUCCGCUCCAACUUCACCGACGUGCCCCUCCUCAUCGGCGAAUGGGCAAUCUCGCCCGUGCAGACCGAGCCCGCCGCGCGCUGGCGCUACUGGGAUUUCCUGAUCCGCACCGCGGCAAAGUACAACACUGCGACCAUAUACUGGGACAACGGCAACGACAAUUACAACCGCAACACUCGGGUCUGGCGGGACAAAACGGCGGCCGAUAUCCUGAUUAGUGCAGCGAAGGGGGCGAGUAAUAGUUUGCCGGAUGGGACGACGGAUGCGUCUGCGUCUGAGCAGUCGAGUAGUGCGUAUGUGUGGCUCAGGAAGGGCGAGGCUGCUGCGGCGCAGAGCGUGCCGUUCUUGCUUAAUGGGAAUACGUUCAAGAGUGUGUCUGACGGUGCGGCUGUGCUCAAGCUGGGCUCAGAUUACACGGUCUCUGGCUCGAAUAUCACGUUCAGCGCGGCGUAUCUAGCCCCUUUUGCCACGGACACAGCAGGUAUCAAGGCAAACCUCACAAUUACCUUCUCUGCGGGUGCUCCAUUGGCCCUCCAAAUCGUGUCCUGGGCCCCGCCGACCCUGUCUUCCUCGAGUUCGAAAGCAAUAGCCGGAUCCGAUCUCGUUAUACAUGUCACUUACAACGGCAUCCACAAGCCCGCGACCGUGCGUGCGCUAAAGGCGGACGGUACGUAUCUCGUCGACGACUGGACGGUGUAUCUGCCUGUGCUGCAGCAAGCUAGGACGACGUUCGGGAGUCAGUGGCGCUGGGACUGGAAUCAGGAGAGCGUGACGAUCACUAGCAGCGCGGUCGACGCGGUGAUUGCGGGUGGGCAGAGUGUGCAAUUCAUGAUCGAGGCAUGGCCGCGGGUCAGUGGGAAUAACGUGAACUACACGCUGACGGUAUAGGACUUUAUGCAACAAGCUCUAUAUACAUACACG